AUGGCAGCAGCGGUGGGGGAGGCGAAGUUCUCGCUGUGCACCCAGCACCCAUGGGUGCUGCCUGGGCUUCCUGGGGCCCUGCGGAGGCGUGCUCCUGGGGAGCUCUGCUGUGUGGGAGGAGCAGCUCUGCCUCAGGGAGCUCAGUGUCUCGCAUCUGUCUGGGAUUAUUUCCCAGUCAGCCGCUCAGGCGGCACAGCGCUGGCCCCGGUAAACUGUCGUCGCCGUGACGCAGUCUGCGUCCCAGCAUCGUGUCCCCGGAGCCUGGACUGUGCCCUGCAGCGCCGAGAGUUCUGCCCCCCGGGCUCAGGUGCCUGCGGCCCCUGCCUGCCCCCGUUCCAGGAGGACAGCCACAGGCAGUGUGUGCAGAAGCAGCUCUCAGGCAGCGGGAGGAUCUCUGUUCCCAGCUGGGAGGAAGAAAUCGAUUUUCUGGCCAGGCAAGAGGCUCCUCACCCCCAGGCGCCGCGGGAUGGCAAGCCCAGGACCACCCUGGUCCCUGCUGGCGGUAGGCAGCGUGUGGUCAGCCGGCUGAGGGAGGGGCUCCUGCAGUGGGGUCGUGCCAGCAGUGAGGCAGCUGCCACCCUCCCCACCUCCACCACAGCUGCAGGCCAGAAGUACCCUGUGGAGGCCUCCCCCAUCCCUUCAAAUGACAACGUGGUGCUUGUGCUGAUCGUGGUGUGCACAGUGGCUGGCAUCUCGGCACUGAUUGUGGCUGCAUUCUGCUGGUGCAGGCUGCAGAAGGAGGUCAGGCUGGCACAGAAAGCUGACUACUCAGCACAGCGAGCGGCCAGCCCCCUGCCCUACGACAAGAUCUUGCCUGGGGACAAGACGCUGGCUCAGAGCGCCCAGAUGUACCACUACCAACACCAGAAGCAGCAGAUGCUCUCCAUGGAGAAGCACAAAGAGGAGCCCAAGCUGCCGGACUCGGCAUCAUCUGACGAGGAGAAUGAGGAUGGAGACUUCACUGUGUAUGAGUGCCCUGGGCUGGCUCCGACUGGAGAAAUGGAAGUGCGGAACCCACUGUUUGAUGACAACUCCUUACACCCCUCCAACCCCAAGUCGCACCAGUAACUCCCCUCCUCUGCUCCGCCCGAGCUUGCUAUGGACUGUGUGCCCAAGGCUGAUGCCCGGAGAGGCACCCACAGCUGGGCAAAGGGGCGCAGACCCCACUCUGCCAGGCUGUUUGAUGCCUGCCCAAUAAACACCCAGUAACAGCUUUGGGAGGGGGGGAUCGCCCCCCGAUUCCAGCGUCCUUGUCCUCUUUGCUGCUGUGAUCGUGUCCCUGCCUUGCCCUUCUGCCCUCACUGCUCUCGGGGAGAUGCCAGGGUAGCAGCCGCUGUAUUGGCAGAGAAACUGGUGGGGAGGUAGGCGGGGGGAAACUGCAGCUCUGGCUCUUUGCAUUUGGCUUUGAGGAGAGGGCAUCACUAAUGGGUCCGGUGCCUGGUUUGACCCCUUCUCCCCAGCUCUGGCAGCCCCUGGCAGCACGGUCCCACUCCUGGAGCAGGAACAGCCUGGGAUAGCUGCUGGCAUCACUCCUCGGGAUGCCCCUUCAGGUACCCCCCUGGGUCAUACCCAGCCAGGAGCAGAGUCUGUGCCGUGGCACCUUGCACUGUCUGCAUCCCUUUUUAGGGCUGCUGGUCCUCAGAGGCCCUGCAGUGCAGACAGUCCUGGUACCGGCCUGGAACCCUGUGCUAGGCAGUGCCAGCAGAGGCAGAUUUCCUUGCAGCAGCCUUGGAUGCCAUCUGAACUCUCACCCUGGACCUCCAUGGGUUCAGGUUUCUUUUUUUAAGCCUGUGUGGCUGUGACAGGAAGGAACAGCCAUGGUGGGGUCUGAGGAGCUGGGAGGGGCAGCCAAGGCACAGUGGCUUUGCUGCAUGGUUCCUGUUGAACAGGGCCUGCUCCCUUCACAGCAUUCCCGCAGGGCCUGGCCUGCUCCUCUCCACACAUCCCUCCAUGGCAGGGCACAAUCUCCACCGCUCCAACCCAGGCACCUUCCACUGCCUGUGUCUGCAUCCAGGCUCACCAGCCCCCACCAACGCAUCCCAGUUUGGAGCCCAGCACGGUUCCCCAAAGCCACCCUGCUGCACUGGCCAUGACUCCUCCAGCCUGAUGCCCAGGACAGGUUUUGGGUUGCUUUUCACAGAUGUGGCUUCAUGUCCAGACCUUGGUGUGGGUUGUCACAGCUGUGGGUGACCUGCUGCAGGCAGGUGUCUUGCACAGGGGUGGCUUCUCACCUGCAUGGGAGCUACUGCAUGCUCCGGAGCCACUGCAUGGGCAGCCAGACACGGGCAGGGCAGGCAGCAGUGGCAGGGCCGUGCCCAUGAGCAGCAGUGGUGUGGGAGCAUCCCAGGGGAUGAGUUGCUGGCAGAGGCCAUCUCUGCACAGAUCUUUCCCCACUCCCUGCUCUCCUCCCUGUGGGCUGCUGCUGCUCAUCUCCUUGUAGCCCUCGUUGUUGUACUGAUUGUAGUUCUUUUAAAAGGCGAUUUUAUUAAACGACCAUG